CCCGGUGCCUGCGAUAAAAGAGAGUCGCUGAGUGUGAGUGUUGCUCAGGGUGCUGCUCUCUCUCAGGCUGUUGUGUGGAACACCAUGGCAGGGAAUUAUCGAACCCAGUCCAUCUACAGCAGCAGCGGCAGUGUCCGCCGUUCGAGACCCGUGCAAUCCUCAAUGAGCAUGUAUCAGUUUUCAACCAGACCAUCCAUCUCCACCUCGGUCUACAGCGGGGGCAUGGGCUUCGGAGUGGGCUCGGGGACAGGCUACAGCAGCGCCUCCGCGGGUCUCGGCCGCUCGGCCGGCGGGCUGGCUUCCAGCAGCGCGAUGUUGCUGGGUGGCAGCGCCCUGACCUCCAAUGAGAAGAACACCCUGCAGAACCUGAACGAACGCCUGGCCGCUUUCCUGGGCCGGGUCAAGUCUCUGGAGGAAUCCAACAAGGAGCUGGAGAGACAGAUCCGAGAGUACGGCACCAGGAGCAUCGUGGGCUUCGACUGGUCUAUCUACGACCAGACCCUCAAACCCAUCCAGAAGGAGAUUCUCGAUGCUGUGUUGCAGAAUUCCCAGAUUGCACUGGAGAUCGAUAACGCUAAACUGGCAGCUGAAGACUUUAAGAACAAGUACGAAUCCGAGCUGGCACUGAAACAGUCUGUGGAGAAUGAUAUUCUUGGACUCCGCCAACUGAAGGACAACUACCAGUCUUUACAGGCUUGUCUGGUGGAUGAGAUUGCUCAGCUGGAGGACGAGAUUGCCUUCUUAAAGAAGGACCAUGAAGAGCAACUGAGGAUGCUGCGACAGCAGAAGACUGCAGAUAUCGAUGUCCAAGUUGACUCCGGUCCUCCUGCUGAUAUGGCUGUGAAACUGCAGGAAAUGAGAGAUAGUUACGCCAGGAUUGCAGACCAGAAUAAAAAAGAUUUGGACAAUUGGUACCAGGAGCAGGUACAGAUCCAAGUCACACAGACCACACAGGCUAACUUGGCUUCUGAUGGGGUAAAAGCCGAGCUUACUGAACUCCAUAAUCAGUUGCAGGUCCUGGAAACUGACUAUAGCUCCUUGCUCGGCGCUCUGAAGGGCCUGGAGAAUAACCUGAUGAACGUCGAGUCCAGAUAUGACAUGGAGCUGCAGAAAGAACAAGCAAGAAUUGCACAGCUAGAGGGAGAGCUGGGACGAAUCAGGAACAACAUCCUUGCGCAGACAGAGGAAUACAAGAAUCUGCUUAACAUCAAGAUGAAUCUGGAGAAGGAGAUUCAGCAGUACAGGAUUCUUCUAAAUGGAGGCAGUGAAAGCCUGGGGACUGCUGGCAUCUCUUUCUCAUCAUUAGGCGGGAAGAGCACAGAAGGAACAACUACGAUUAUCACCACCACCAAGAUGGAAAGAGAAAAACGUUGAAGUGAAGACUCUGUGUGGCAUCUUCCUGGAAACCCGACACAACUCUUAUCCGUCGCGUGGUUUCUGCUGGAGUCUUGGGAACGUGGGCUAUUUGAUUGCAACAUUUCUCCCUCCGCUUUUAUCCUUCUGAUGCUCUCGUUAAUAACGGAAUGUGCAACAGGGGCCUCGCCUCUUUAUAGAAUUGGGUCCACUUUCCAACCUUCCAAACCUUCCACAUUUAAAGUGCGACCAUUGGACACCAAUGGACAACCUGCCAUCCUCUAUCUGGGUCCCACUUGUCCUAGUGAGCAGCUUCAUGGCCUUGGAAAGGGCUCCGGCUUUGCGUCAGCUCCCGGGCUGGGUUGCUGUGAAGUUCCCCUUCUAUGUUCACUUUCUGUCUAAAGCUGAGAAAUAAAUGUCUUUCUGAUCUCGCCGCAAA